AUGUCACGACCUGCUCUGUCACGCCGUACCUCAUCUCAAAUUGUGGAGGAGGAGCUACCUCCCGUGACGACCGCGCCGGCCGGCGAGAUGGGCGCAGCCGAGUCGAAAGAUCAAAAGGGAUCCUAUGUCGGCAUUCAUUCGACCGGCUUCCGCGACUUUUUGCUCAAGCCAGAGCUGCUCAGAGCUAUCUCUGAUCUCGGUUUCGAACAUCCCAGCGAAGUCCAGCAAGAAUGUAUUCCGCAAGCAAUCCUCGGCAUGGACGUCCUCUGUCAAGCCAAGUCUGGCAUGGGCAAGACCGCGGUUUUUGUGACGGCAACCCUGCAACAGAUCGAGCCAGUCGACGGCGAAGUAGCCGUUAUCGUGCUAUGUCACACUCGUGAGCUGGCCUACCAGAUCAAGAACGAGUAUGCCCGCUUCAGCAAGUACAUGCCUGACGUCCGCACGAGCGUCUUCUACGGUGGUACCGACCCCAAGAAGGAUGCCGAGGUCCUCAAAGAUAAGGAGAAAUGCCCCCACGUCGUUGUCGCCACACCAGGUCGCCUGAAUGCCCUCGUCAGGGACAAAGUACUCAAAUGCGGAAACGUCAAGCACUUUGUCCUCGACGAAUGUGACAAGAUGCUCGAAGCAGUCGACAUGCGCCGUGAUGUGCAAGAGAUUUUCAGAGCCACCCCUCAUGGAAAGCAGGUCAUGAUGUUCUCGGCUACACUCGCAAAGGAUAUCCGCGUGACGUGCAAAAAGUUCAUGCAGAGCCCGCUCGAGAUCUACGUCGACGAUGAGACGAAGCUUACUCUUCACGGUCUUCAGCAGCAUUAUGUCCGACUGGAGGAAGCCGGCAAGAAUCGCAAGCUCAACGAUCUGCUCGACAGUCUCGAAUUCAACCAGGUUUGUAUCUUCGUCAAGUCUGUACCUCGUGCAACCGAGCUCGACCGCCUGCUGCGCGAAUGUCAAUUCCCUAGCAUCUGCAUCCACUCGGGUCUGCCACAAGAAGAGCGAAUCAAGAAGUACCAACAGUUCAAGUCGUUCGAGAAACGCAUUCUUGUCGCUACAGACAUCUUCGGACGAGGUAUCGAUGUCGAGCGAGUCAACGUCGUCAUCAACUAUGAUGCGCCUACCGAGGCGGACUCGUACCUGCAUCGUGUCGCUCGUGCAGGUCGAUUUGGCGGACGUGGUCUGGCAAUCACCUUUGUCACGGGCGAAGGUGAUGAGGAGGUCCUCAAGGCCAUCCAGAGCAGAUUCGAGGUCGGCAUCACGCCCAUGCCCGCCGAGGGCGUCGCUCCAGAGACUUACAUGAAUGCUUGA